AUCGGGGUUUGCUGCUCCUUCGCAAUUCCCGAGUGUACCUGCGCCUUGACUUGGAAGGUGCCCCAAAAGGCGGGAGAGUCGUUCAAGGUUUCGCGUAGCUCUUUCCCUGUCGUUCGCCCUGCGGAGCGCUUUGGUUGCAGUUGCGACUGCUCGAUCAAGAUUCUGACCAGCCACCAGAUGAUCUUGCGCGCCACACAGUCGCAAGAACUAGCCUGAGAGUCAAACCUGCAAAGGGUCUUGCAGUUGCUGCACCUGAACACAGUUUCUACUGCGUGCGGCAGAAUUCUUCGCUUUGUUGCUGCUCGUGUCUACGAGUUGCAAUUGCCCCCCUCUCUCGAUUUUGUGUAUGACACCGCGCCAUCCUUGCUGGGCUACCCAUAGCAUCACGCCCGCGCUCGGCGAUCAUGGCCUACGAGAUGACCCAGCUCGGAUCCCGAGCCUUCAGUCACGGCCCCUCUUCUUCUGUCGAGCAAGAGUACGACCGUUUGCGCGACCUAGCCCGCAAAGAGAACAGCCAGCGUCAACACUACGCACGUCUUUCCCAAGAGGCAUACCAACGCGGUGACGGCGCCGAAGCCCAUCGCUUGUCCGAACUCUCCAAGCAACAUGCUGCGAAGCAAGAUCAGUACAAUAGGCAAGCAUCUGAGUUCAUCUUCCGCGAGAAUAACAAUGAGAGAGUACCUUCGGACACGAUAGAUCUGCAUGGCCAGUUUGUCGAGGAAGCAGAAGAGAUUCUCGAGAGGAGGAUCAGAGCAGGACAGCAACGUGGUGAAACGCAUUUGCACGUCAUCGUAGGCAAGGGCAACCAUAGUCGAGAUCAUAUACAGAAAAUCAAGCCACGCGUUGAGCAGGUUUGCAGGGAGCUCGGCUUAAAUUAUCAGACCGAGCAGAACGAGGGUAGAAUUUAUGUCGACCUCACUGGUGGCCAAGUCCACCAGUUGCCAGGCCCACCUGCUGGCUAUGGACAACACUGGGGUGCUCCGUCACAUGGCAGCGGUAACGUCGGUUACUCCAGCGGCCCACAGCAUCAGCAUAGCGGCAGUCAGCAGCAAGCCCAGGACGAAGAGAUAGAGCAGGUUGUGAAGGGCUGCAUGAAGUUGUUUAGGAGCUGCUGUGUCGUCAUGUGAUAUCCGCAACACCUUUUGUGUGCUGCAUCUUGAGCAGGAAUUGAGUUAAAAUAUGUACAUAUGUCGUGCAUAUGCGCCUGGAGGGAUUUGGUAAAUACCCAUGUUCAUUUUCUCCGCUUUAGCAGCUUUUUGGAUAGAAAUGUACGUGAGUGUUAUUCCAGCUACGAAUGAAGAAAUGCACCUCAAAAGUGGAUUGGAUGGAACGAGCCUUGUCGAAAUGUGAGCAUUUGAGCCUUGUCUAUAGUUGUGGGUCUCAGCACGAGCUUUUCAAUCAGCGCAAUACUUGCUCGCAUCAUGUCAGCGUCUCAAAGCAC